AUGCAUAAGCAUCCGGCCACAAGCGAACGCGAUGUUUAUAAAGAAUUGGAGUGUAUAGUGAUGAGUUUUAGAGUGCCAGAACUACAAGCUUUAAUGAGUUUCGCCGGGUACCAGAAGACAGGUGUCAAGAAGGACUUGCAAGCAAAGGCUAUUGAGUUAGUGCGGUUACGAUCGCCGAGAAUUGCUAUCAAAGUAAAGCAAAUAUAUGCUGCAUCUAUUCUCACAGAAGAAUGUAAAGCAGCAAAAUAUCGGCGCACCCCUUACCCACAUCACCCCUGGCCACAACAACAUACAAUACCCAGGUCAAAUGAACCAAAUCCUAUAAAACAUAUCCUUUCUAAUCCACCCACAUCAAGUGCAAAUAUCAUAGAUCAGAAGAAUGAUGUUCCUACAGUGACUAGGUGUGAUUCCCCAAUGUUGCACGUAAACGUGAAAUUAAGGAAGUUACCGUUCUAUGAAAUCUUGAGUGAAUUAGUGCAGCCAUCUUUGCUGAAUUCAACAGGAUCAGUCAUCAGACACGAAGAUUUUUUCUUCUUUAGACUUACAGCAGAACAAGCUAAUUGUAUUGGGAUUAAUAGGCAACAAUUACCUGGUAAUAAAAUGACCCAUAAAGUGCAGGUUCAGAUGAGAUUCUGUUCCACUGAAUCUCAUUUUAAAAAGGUUAAUUGUUGUCCUUCUGGAAUGACCAUCAAUGUGAAUGGAACGCCUUGUCAAAUCCCACUUGCUUUAUCCAAUUUGAGGACAAUGGGUUCACAAUCAUUGGAUAUCACCCCGUUGAUUCAUAUAAGUCCAUUAGUGUCCAAUACAGUUACCAUGACGUGGCUUAUUGAACAGGGAAAAUCUUUUGCCACGGCAAUCUAUCUUGUACGUCAACUGACAUAUAACGACCUCUUAAAGGAUUUAUUGACUAAAGUUCUUCCUGAAAGUGAUACUAUAAAACUCAUUCAAAGCAAAUUUGGAAAUGAUCUGGAGUGUACUGUUACAUCGCAAAUGAAAGUGCCAUUAGUGUGUCCUUUGGGAAAAGUAUUAAUGAAUACACCAUGCCGAGCAACAACUUGUAACCAUUUACAAUGUUUUGAUGCUUGUCUGUACCUACAGAUGAACGAAAAAAAACCUACUUGGACUUGCCCAGUUUGUCAGGGGCCUGCAGAAUUUGAUAACCUUGUCAUUGACAGCUUUUUCACAAAGAUUCUUAAAUCAGAAAAGAUCAACGAUUCCAAAGAAAUCCAGCUUCAUCUAGAUGGUUCAUGGACAUUUCUUGCUGACAAACAGCAGCCACAAAAUAAGUUAAACACAUGUGUGAACAUAAAAGUAAAGGACUUCAAUUCAAAAACUGCAAUUGCCAAUCAACCAACAAUGUCCACUUGUGCAGUAAAGCAAAUGUUAAGUGAAACCACUUGUAUUGACUUAACAAACUGUGAUAGUGACUAA